UCUGCGCUUUAGUUCCGCGCCGGGUGCCACGAUAGUUGCAUCGAUCAUAUGUGUGUGCGCGCAUUUUUCAAAACAUUUUCCGCUAAUUUUCGCGUUUUCGACGCGUUCAUUUUUCAUUUUCACAUGAAAUUCACAGUUAAGAAAGAAAAAAGGAUUUAAUUUUCAAUGCAGAGUGUGUAAAAGAAGCUCAAAAGAAAAUCUUGAUAUGGUAGUUUAAUGCCUGGACUCACACGUGAAACGAAAAUCUUGAAUACUCGAAAACGAUGUGCUGUGAGUGUGUACAGUGCAGUGUCGUGGUGAUUACUUAGUGAUAACAAUCCGCGCCACCUACAAAUUAGUCGCUAUCAUCGUUAUCCUAGGAUUGACACUCGAGAUAAGAGUGAAGAGGAGAUAAUCCAGAGGAACAGGGAUUAAGAAAGAAGUACCCUAUGUCACUCUAUCGAAUAGAGGUGACGAGGCACAAAGAGAAGCGCCACAUCGAGUGAUAAAAUUUAGUCUAUAUUUUCUCACCCCCCCCCAUUUUUGAUUGGCCUCGACUUUUAUUUUCUUCUCUUUGCUUUCUCUUUCUCUACCCCCCCUCCUCUCUCUUUCUAUCUAUCUCUUUCUUAAAAUUUGUUACCGCGAAAAAUAUCGCGCGUGGUGUCAUUUAAAAAAAAAACCGCAAAAAUUCUCGACAUAAUGGACAUGAGUAGCGAAUCGAGUGCGCCGAGGUCGUGGUAUGAGCAGCCGAGGAGCCUCGAUCCACCCUCGGGGGCAGGAGGACCAACUGGAGUCACAGGGGUUGUUGGCAGUCCCGAUUACAGGAGUUACUACCCCCAUGGACCAACCCCCCAUCACCCAGCAGCCGCUCAUUACGCACACAGUAGAAUGUCAACGAGUGGAGUUGGAAGUGGACCAGUGAGUCAAGUGUGUCGUCCUCACUUUCAUAGUUCAGUUCUCCACCCCUGGUUAUCCAGUACGGGUGCAGACACAUCAAAGCCCUGGGGUUUUCCGUCGAGCGCCGCGUCGACAGGUGGCAGUGGCGAAGAGAAGCCCCAAAGUCCGUUGAAUUCCUCCUUACCUCCAAGCUCAGGAAGUCUCUCGAGUCAUGGGGGUGCGAGUGGUCAUCACCUCUUUUCCUUCCCACCGACGCCGCCAAAGGACGCGACGCCCGACAGCAUAACCGCCAGUACGACAUCCAGCACGACGAACGGCACCAGCAACAACAACAACAAUUCAACGAGCAACAGCAAUAACAAUUCCCUGAAUCUUGGUGGCGGCGGAAGCAGCGAGUAUCAAGCAGCUGUCGCGCACGCCGCCGUCAUGGGCGCCUUCAUGCACCACCAAGACGCCCUCGGAGCAACUUCCGGUGGCUCGUGCGACGUGAAGCCUUCUGUGAUGCUGGGCCACCAUCACGGCGCACCCUCACCACCCCAUCAGCACAACGGCUCGAACGGCGCUUCCGGUCAGGUUAAGCAACGCGAAGGUAAUAACCAAUCCACCGGAAGCAAUGGUCCAUCCAGCGUCGGGAAUCAGACCACCGCCAGUCAGCAACAGCAGCAGGACUAUCAGAGCAAUCAGCAGGCACCAAACUCACCCUGUCGGGAAUCCUACGCCUCGUCCCAUCACACGUCCUCUGCCUCCCAGUACGAUCCAACUGCCACCGCUUACAACAUGUACCAACACCUUCAAUAUCCCACCCAUCAUUCCCACAAUCCCCACAAUGGGCCAUCCUCCAUAUUUUCGGCGAACCAUCAUGGCUCCGGUGUUCCCGGCGUCAGUCCCGACUCGAAACUCUUAGGCUCCCACGGGAACACACCCCAUUCGCCCAGUUCCCAACAACAGCAGCAGCAAAAGCCGAGGAACAAGUCCAGAACGUCCGCCGAAGGUCGCGAGUGUGUCAACUGUGGUGCCACGUCGACACCCUUGUGGCGAAGGGACGGGACCGGUCAUUACCUCUGCAAUGCCUGUGGUCUUUACUACAAGAUGAAUGGACAAAAUCGACCUCUCAUCAAGCCCAAACGACGCCUUUCGUUACAAAGCGCGGCCCGUAGAGCUGGCACAAGUUGUGCGAACUGCAAAACAGCAACAACGACGCUUUGGCGGAGAAACCAAGCUGGUGAGCCAGUUUGCAACGCUUGUGGUUUAUAUUACAAACUUCAUAAUGUUAAUCGGCCACUAACAAUGAAAAAAGAGGGAAUUCAAACCAGGAAUCGAAAGUUAUCUUCAAAAAGCAAAAAGAAGAAGGCUGGAGGCUGUUUGGGACUAGGUGGAGUAAUGGGAGACAUGAUUAAGGCCAGUGGACAUCUUGAUCUCGAUAAUAAACCGUUUCAUUCUGGAUUUGGUUCCCCAAUGGGUUCAUCGCAACAUCAUCAUCCAAUGCAUCCAAUGCAGCAUUACAUGUACCACCCUGGUGUAGGGGUUCCCGGAGGUCUUCAUCAAGGAUUCGCACCGCCAGCGCCACCUUCAAUUCACCCACAUUCACAUUCACAUUCUCAUUCUCAUCACAUGACGAGUCUUCAGGGUCUUCAAUUAGCAGCCACGACGAACGCUAUGAGUGGUUGGAGAUCAGAAUAUACAUGAAUGGAGACCGUCAACUAGCAUUAAAUAAUUUUCGGGUGAAACCCGUUCCUUUCUUUUUCUUUAGAAAAAAAGAACCUUCUUCUCCUUUUAUUCUAUAAGAGAAAUUAUCGGGAGAAUACACUUAAAUAAAGUUAUAUAAGACAUGUAAUAGUUGAGCAAAUAUUUUGUAAAUAUGUAAGAUAAAAAAAUGAAUAAUUAGGGUCAUUGCGCCCCGGCCCCAAGUACAAAAAAAGUCAUACUUGUAUAGAGUGUUAUAUACGUAUAUAUAUACAUAUAUACAUUUAUCAUAUUUAUAUAUGUAUGUAUAUAUAUAUUAUUUUUAAUAAUUUAAUUAUUUUAAAGCACAAAUUCGCGUUGUGCGAAAACGAUCGUCACGUCUGCGGAUAUUAAAAUGGACAAAAUUCCUAUGACGCUUUUCUAUCUUUUAGAAAAAAAAAACUUUUAUCUUUCAUCUUUGUGAAUAAAAAAUAAAAUAUCGAAUUGUAAUCCGUAUGUAUUUUAAUUUAUAUUUUAUUAAUUUGUUAAAAAAAACAUAAUUUUUUUUUUUUUUUUUUUUUUUGAAGAGAACAAUUGUGAAAAAAUGUUGGAUGAAACCCAAUGGAAUUCGGCAAUUGAUGAAAAAUUUUUAAACAAUAUUGACGCGUCUUUUAUAUACAGUGAGCCGCUGACGUGAACGAGAAAAGCUUAGUUAAUCAAAGGUAUCGUGCAAUUUAAGAUAAUGAAUAUUUUUCAAGUGCGCUCGAUCGGACGCUUACGUGUCGACUCUCUCGAUUCAAAAUACUCUUAAAAAGUAUCCAUUUUUUUCAGGAGGCUGUGCAAAGAAAUUAUUUAGAAUUGUAAUAUACAAAAAAAUUUUAAAAGGUAAAAAUAUAAAAAUAAUAACAAUUUUAAAAAAAACCUUUUAUGAAUAAUCGUCCGAUCGUGUCACUCUUCGUUUCGUGUGGUAGUGAUAAAAAAAAUGAUAUUUCCUGUAAAUUGAUAAUGGUUCCCAGUGCGCGCCAUUAAAAAAAGCUAAUCGAAAAAUUCUCUAAUUUAACAAAAAUUUUCAAAAUAAAAUUUCUAUUUCUUUGAAAGAAAGAUUUUUUUUUUACAUUUUCAAAUUCAUCUUUUGAAAAAUUUUCAUUGUAUAUUAGAUAAUUUUAAAAUUAGAUAAACUAAUUAUUUAUUAUAAUUGUAUAAUUAUGUGUAUAAUAAAUUUGGAAAUGAUUUUCAAAGAGAAUGGGGAUAUUAGCUGGAGAAAAAUCGCAACACUGUCAUCGUCAUAUAAGAGAUAUGUGUUUGUAAUUUUCGGUAUGCGAUUGGCAUCUGGAGUAAAAAUCGUAGCUCAAAUAAAUAAAAAAUAAAAAAAAAAUAGUCGAGACGCGCACGGAGAAUUGUAAAUUUUUUAUCUUCAAGAUUGUGUAUCGUGUUAUUAAUUAAUUAAUAAUUAUAACAGUUACAAGUGUAUCAUCGGUCAGACAGCUAUAUUGCGAAAAAUGUGAGUAAAAAUUUUCGCACUGCGAAAGACGCGACUGUGCAUAAGAAAAAAAUUACUAUAGUGUUUUAAUCACAUAACAUUUUAUAUAGAUAGUCAAAAGUAUUAAGAUGAGAGAGUAUACCGAUAAAAAUAGUCAUUGGACUUAUAAAUAUGUAUACAUAAAAAGAAAUAUUAAUUAAAAACGACGAAGUAAUAUAAGGAGAUUUUGCUCUCGGGAAAAGUUUUUUCACCCAAUUCUUUAAAUAUUAUACCAAAAGUGUCGAUGAAAAAAAAAAAAAAAAAAAAUACUUGACUUGUUAGAUAUUAUUUAAAGAAGUGGGAAAACUGUUGUUUUUCGACAUUGCACAUAGGAAUGAGGUCUCCUAAUACUACAUCAUGAAUGAAACACUAAAAACUCUCCGUUGCGUUGAGUACCGCAUUGUGAUUUUUUUCGACUACAAGAAGUUAACUUGUUCUAGUGUAAUAGUGAUGAUGGAUUUUACGGAGCGUCACCCUGAAGCACUUUGUUGCGAUUUUCUAAAAGACUGAUAGAUACGAAUGAAUAAAAGGAAUGAGAGCGGGAAAUUUUUGAAAAUCGCAAAUUACGAGGUGAGAGGCGCACGUAGGUGUUUUUUCGACAUUUAAGCCCGCAAAAAAAAAUAUGUCUGCUUUUGGAAAAUUGUGUUAAUGACGCAAGAAGAAAAAAGUUUAUUUCCCUUCAUUGAAUUUUAAGACUUUAAAAUAUAAGAUAACAAAAAAUUUCUGUUUUCUGUCUUUUAACACUUUUUUUUCCAAACACGGACAUAAAUUUAAGUGAAAAAGAAUGGUAUCUUAUUAAAAUAGUAUUAUUAGAAUGUAGCGCAUAUAGAGCCUGUACGAUAUUGUCUUUUUCAGAAGGCGCGGAUGAAUGUGAAAAAUAAAUAAAAAUACAUUUAAAAAAAAAAAAUUGUUAUUUGCUGUGAGCACGAUCAAAUGCAAUACACACAUUUUGCUAAAUACACGUAUCAUACACUGAAGAUCAGGCAUAAAAAUUCGCGCGGAGGUAUAAAUGGUGUAAAAAUGUAUGUAAGAUAUUAUUGUAUAAAAAAAAGGUUUUAACUUAAAAUAAAUUAAAUGAUAAUACAUCAUAAAAUAAUGCAUUGA